AAAUUAAGGUUAGAUAAUUAUAACCUAAUAAAUGUUAGAAUUUUGAUUGACUUGUUAAAAACAAAACUAACAGAAUGCUUGCGUCUAGAGCAUGUUACAGAAGCAUCAGAGCUCUUGCCAAACAUACUAGUUGUGUUAAACAAACUUGUUGUUCCUUUUUCUCAACUGACACUACUGGGGAAGCAGCAGAAGGUUCAGGACCAGUUAAAAGUUACGCUCAGGCCUUCGAAAAAUUCCAAGAUCUUGCGGAAAAGAAACCAGAACAAAAACCACAAACCUUUGCAUCCCUUUUGAGAAAUUCGAAAUUCAUCGAUCUUGGUGAUCCAGAGGGAAAGGUUGUUGUUGGAAAGAUCUUUCAUACAGUUGAAGAUGAUCUCUAUAUAGAUUUCGGUUGGAAAUUCCACUGUGUUUGUCCAAGACCAAAGAAAAAUGGUAGUAGUUAUGUAAGGGGCAGUAAGGUAAGACUGAUGAUCAAGGAUUUAGAAUUGUCAUCAAAAUUUCUUGGUUAUGAAAAGGACCUGACUUUGUUAGAGGCCGAUUGCGUUCUUUUAGGUUUAAUUCAGGAAAGAAGUAGAAGUUCUGUGUAGAGUAACUUUUUAUUGAUUUUAUAAUAAAAUACAUUUAUACAGUUAGUCAUGUGUUUUGUUAACGGCAAGAGAACAUGUAUAUAUAAUUAAAAUAUGUAACAAUCAAUUGUUAUUAAAUAUUCGAUUUUUAUUUAACAAAGUAAAGUUUACAAAAAGUU